UAAGUUGGCGCGUCACCUGGACGUCAGCCUCUCACCUCUCGGACGUCCCGUCCCGGGAGCAAAACUCCUGCGAGUUUGGGCCCCGCCCAGUGAGAGGGGAGGGCGGCCAAUGAGAGCGGUUCUGAAGGGAACGAGGCCAAUGAGACGAGCCCGGGGCGGGGCGCGGGGCCGGAGGGUGGGGCGGGUGGCGGCGGCGGCAGUCCGAGGUCUGGCUGCGCGCAGUAUAUGACAGUACGUCAGCAGCGGGAUGGCCGUAGCUGUGGCGGCGGCUGCAGAAGCCCGAGCAGCCGCGGCCGCAGUGGAGGCUAGAGCCCGAGCGGCGUCGGCGGCGGCACCCCGGGGAGUUUAAGAUGGCGGCAGGGGGGGCAGCGGGCCUGCAGGAGGAGCAACGCUACGGACUGUCGUGCGGGCGGUUGGGGCAGGACAACAUCACCGUACUGCAUGUGAAGCUCACCGAGACGGCGAUCCGGGCGCUCGAGACUUACCAGAGCCACAAGAAUUUAAUUCCUUUUCGACCUUCGAUUCAGUUCCAAGGACUCCAAGGGCUUGUCAAAAUUCCCAAAAAUGAUCCCCUCAAUGAAGUCCAUAACUUUAACUUCUAUUUGUCAAAUGUGGGCAAAGACAACCCACAGGGCAGCUUUGACUGCAUCCAGCAAACGUUCUCCAGCUCCGGAGCCUCUCAGCUCAAUUGCCUGGGAUUUAUACAAGAUAAAAUUACAGUGUGUGCAACAAAUGACUCGUAUCAGAUGACACGAGAAAGAAUGACCCAGGCAGAGGAGGAAUCCCGCAACCGAAGCACAAAAGUUAUCAAACCCGGGGGACCAUAUGUAGGGAAAAGAGUGCAGAUUCGGAAAGCACCGCAAGCCGUUUCAGAUGCAGUGCCUGAGAGGAAAAGGUCAACCCCUAUGAACCCUGCAAAUACAAUUCGAAAGACACAUGGCAGCAGCAGUGUCUCUCAGCGGCCAUAUAGGGACAGAGUGAUUCACUUACUGGCCCUGAAGGCCUACAAGAAACCUGAACUGCUUGCUAGACUCCAAAAAGAUGGCGUCAAUCAAAAAGACAAGAACUCCCUGGGAGCAAUUCUGCAACAGGUAGCCAAUCUAAAUCCCAAGGACCUCUCGUAUACCUUAAAGGAUUAUGUUUUUAAAGAGCUUCAAAGAGAUUGGCCUGGAUACAAUGAAAUAGACAGACGGUCAUUGGAGUCGGUGCUUUCUAGAAAACUAAAUCCAUCUCAGAAUGCUGCCAGCACCAGCCGUUCAGAAUCUCCAGUAUGUUCUAAUAGAGACGCUAUAUCUUCUCCUCAGAAACGGCCUUUGGAUUCAGAUUUUAUUGAUCCUUUAAUGAAUAAAAAAGCCCGAAUAUCUCAUUUGACGAACAGAGUACCGCCAACACUAAAUGGUCAUUUGAAUCCCACCAGUGAAAAAUCUGCUGCAGGCCUCCCGCCGCCCCCUGCAGCUGCCGCCAUCCCCACCCCUCCGCCGCUGCCUUCAACCCAUCUGCCCGUCUCACAUCCUCCCCAGAUUGUAAAUUCUAACUCCAAUUCCCCUAGCACUCCAGAAGGCCGGGGGACUCAAGACCUACCUGUUGACAGUUUUAGUCAAAAUGGUAGCAUCUAUGAGGACCAGCAAGACAAAUAUACCUCUAGGACUUCUCCGGAAACCUUACCCCCUGGUUCAGUUCUACUAAAGUGUCCAAAACCUAUGGAAGAAAACCAUUCAGUGUCUCACAAAAAGUCCAAAAAGAAGUCUAAAAAACACAAGGAAAAGGACCAAAUAAAAAAGCACGACAUUGAGACUGUUGAAGAAAAGGAAGAAGACCUUAAAAGAGAAGAGGAAAUUGCCAACCCAAGUAACUCCAGUCCGAAUCCCAGUGGAGGAGUUAAAGAGGGUUGCAUUGCCUCCACGGAACGUUCAACAAUUGAACUCCCAGAUUAUUUGAUAAAAUAUAUCGCUAUCGUCUCCUAUGAACAACGCCAGAAUUACAAGGAUGACUUCAAUGCUGAGUAUGAUGAGUACAGAGCUUUGCAUGCCAGGAUGGAGACUGUAGCUAGAAGAUUUAUAAAACUAGAUGCGCAAAGAAAGCGCCUUUCUCCGGGCUCAAAAGAGUAUCAGAGUGUUCAUGAAGAAGUUUUACAAGAAUAUCAGAAGAUCAAGCAGUCUAGUCCCAAUUACCAUGAAGAAAAAUACAGAUGCGAAUAUCUUCAUAACAAGCUGGCUCACAUCAAGAGACUAAUAGGUGAAUUUGACCAACAACAAGCAGAGUCAUGGCACUAGACCUCUGCUUGGACCAGAAGAUGUGAAUAAACUUAAUUAAGCUUAUUUAUUUAAAAUUCCAAAUGAGUUGCUCUAGAUUCUAAAAAGAUGAAACUUUGUCUGUUGAAAAGUUUCAGUAUUAGUAAACAUGAGGUUUUUUUUUUUUGUUUUUUUUUUCCAUUUUACUUUGCUUCCCUGCAUUUCGAAGCUGCUUUUUUCUGGUCUUUCUCCCCCUCAAGACUUGUGUUUGUUAAUAGAAAUAAUUUUAUAGGUAUUGGGGAUCCAGUGUCUAUACUUCAAAUCAGUUUUUUUUCCUCAAAAACUUGUGUUUGUCAUUAGAAAUGAUUUUUUAGAUAUUGGGGAUCCAAUGUUCACACUUAAAAGUUGUGUGUGUUUGAAAAAAAGAGUAACGUGCAAGGUGAAAUGCUUUUGGAUAAACAUAAGCCUAUUUUCUGACCUUUCUUAAUGCGAACUCUUUGCCUUAAGUGGUAGAAUAUUUAGAAAUUUGCACAAAAUACAAAAAAAAUUAAAACAUUGUCUUGGAGGGUUAAAAAAUAGAAAGGUAUAUGAGAUAUGUAUAUGUGUCUAGAUUUACAUACGCAUAUGUAUUUACAGACUGACUCGAUCUAGAACAUUAAAUCCACCCUGCAAGUUAACCCCCCAUUGCAAUGGUUGCCUUAAGGUGUUUGCUAGUUAUGUACAUAGUGUGGUUAAUCAUUAGCUACACUGCUUCCCACUUGAUUAGAGCAACGGGAAGCAUACUGUGGCCUACCAGCGUCUGGAAGUGUGUGCUCAACCUGUAUGUGUGCAGAGGUGGUGUGGAUGUGAGCGUGCAUGAAGGAAAAAAAGCUGCUACUUUCAGUAGGCCAAACGCUCAGGUUAAACAACUGACGAGUGUUACUGUAGGGUUUGUUUUGUUUUUGUUUUUGUUUUCUGUCAAAUUGCUACUUCUUUUGUGGAAGACAAAAGCAUUUCCAUUUCAACAGUUUGUCAGCUUUAUUAAUGUCGGGCAAAAAUUGAUAUGUUAUGAAAAUGAAACAGAUCUAUAGUUUUGGGGCAAAAUUAUAAAAUUAAAUGUGUAGGUAACCUAUUUAUAUACUGCUAUAAAGUAUUUUUUGAAGAGAGAUAUGCAAAGAAACUAUUACCUACAUGAGAUGUAUAUUUAAAGAUUUUUUUUUUCAUCCUGGGUGCCAGGAAUAUAAAGAAGAGUGGAUAUAUUUAACCAUAACAUACUGUGAUUCAUCAAACAGCACAAGCUUUCAUUUCAUGGAGUUUAUCUGUUGACGUUGAUUUAAACUAUCACUUGUUUUAUCAUGUGGGAACAUAAGUUAUGUGGUCAAAAAUAUAAGGAUUUUGAA